AUGGAUUCCUUCCCACUAUUUCGAAGUUCCAACAUGGCCAACCCUGAUAAGCUGUCAAGCGGGGUGGGAUUUCAUUCGUUCAGAAUUCCAGCUGUGGUGAGAACCAGCACUGGACGCAUUCUGGCAUUUUCCGAAGGCAGACGAUGGAGUAACCUGGACUAUGGCGACAUCAACCUCGUCUACAAACGAACUAAGACAACAACCAAUAAUGGUGCUACAAAAGAAGACUGGGAAUCGCUGCGUGAAGUUAUAGGAGCCGGUGCAGGAACCUGGGGCAAUCCGACACCAGUCGUUGAUGGUGACACCGUUUAUCUCUUUAUGUCAUGGAAUGCAGCCGGCUACAGUCAAAAUGGUGCUGAUCUCGCCGACGGAACUAGUACCAAGAAGAUUGACACUACGUGGGGGGGUCGCCGUCAUCUAUAUCUUACUAAGAGUACUGAUGACGGGAACACAUGGUCAACUCCGCAGGAUGUCACGCUUUCUCUUACGCCAAAUAAUUGGGCGUGGGACGCAGUUGGCCCUGGAAUUGGCAUCAAGACUACGACCGGAGAGCUUGUUGUUCCAGCUCAACGGCGCAACGUAAUCGGAAGAGGCACACCAGGUAAUCGGACUUGGUCAAUGCAGCAACUAAGCGACGGCGGCUCAGAAGCGACCAUCUGUCAAACCCCAGACGGGAACCUCUAUCGUAACGACCGUCCCGGAAAGGCAGACUAUCGUUCUGUUGCACGUGGGACGUUGACCAACUUUGGAACAUUCGUAGCCGAUACUGGCCUACCCGAUCCAGCUUGUGAAGGUUCAGUCCUGUUAUAUAAUCUCGCCUCAUCUGCUGGGCCUGCGCGAGUGAUAUUCAUGAACUCUGCCAGCCAAGACAGUCGACGACAGAUGCGUGUCAGGAUUAGCUACGACUCAGACGCAGGGAAGUUUGAUUAUGGCCGCAAACUUAGUGACGAUUCAGUAUCUGGAGUAGGGUACGAAGGUGGCUAUUCAAGCAUGACCAAGACGGCAGACGCAAAGAUCGGUGCCUUGGUAGAAACAGACUUCUACAAUGCGAAAGGAGGAGCAGACUCACAUAGGGCAAUCUUGUGGAGACGCUUCAAUCUUUCUUGGAUCCUCAAUGGUCCAAACAACUAA